CUGCACUGAAGACAUGUUCUAGUUCUCUCUUCUUCUAGUCAUCACGGUUCUGUUCUAUAGAGGAGCAGGACUUUAUGUUGCAGUUAAAAUCAAGGCCACAGAGAGGAACAUGUGACAGAAAGUGUUUCCUGGCGAUGGUUGUGGGGAGAAGCAGCAGACUGAUAGCGAAGGUAGAAAGACGUCUUGUCCUCGGCAUCGACUCGGCCUCUCUCUGCCAGAACCGCACACUCGAGAGCAGCCUGAAUAACAAAACGCUCUUUUCAUGGGUCCUUUCACUGCAGAAGCCUUGUGCUCCCUUCUUACUGUUUGUGAAACAAAGAGUGCACGGCUGAGAGUUUCCCUCUCUCUCCUCUUGGGUCGGAGUCUUUCUUUUGCUGCUGCGGGUAAACACCGCUAGAGCUUUGGCUCAGGAGACAAACAUGUCCACUACGCACCAGACAAACAGUCCUGCUUACGCCACAAACACCGCUCGGUGCGUCGGGUGGCCGCGUCGCUGUCCAGGCCGUGGCUCUGAUGUGUUCCCUGUUUCCUGUGCUCAGGGGGCUGGAUGGCCUGGUCUCUGUGGUCGGCCUGCGAUGACUCGGGUGUACAGAUGAGGAGUCGGGCGUGCGGCGCUCAGGGCGGCGCCCCCUGUGUCGGGAACGGCACCCAGCGCAGAGACUGCAACGAAAUACCUGUCAUCCUCCCAGCAUCUGGUUUUGAUAAGGACCAGCACUGUGGAGCAUUCACCUCUAUCCACCUCAUCGCCACGGGCGUGUCCUGUUUCCUGGGGGCGGGGCUUCUGUCCUUCCUGAUCUACGUCUACUGUCAACGUUUCCACAAACCCUCGCAGGAGUCGGCCGUGAUCCACCCGACAACCCCGAACCACCUCAACUACAAGGGCAACACCACGCCAAAGAACGAGAAGUACACGCCCAUGGAGUUCAAGGUACGGCUCUCUGUACAUACGUGUUUAAAGGAGCAGUGUGUGAGCGUUAGUGACAUCUGGUGGUGACGUCGUGUACUGCAACCAACUAAAUACCCGGAGAGCUACGAGUGGAGAGAGGCGUCUGGAGGAGCUCUCCAUCAAUACUCUCUCUUCUUCAUGACUCCAUAGCUGCUUUAAAAACGUACAUAUUAAAAACAAAUGUAUUCACAAUAGGAUUUGAAGUUAUUUAUAAUUUAAAUAUAAAUAAAUAUUGUUUAUGGAGUUUAUGUUUACAACAGAAAAGUCGCUUUAUAGACGUCACUGGAAACAAAUGUAAAAUGUUAAUUAAACAAACAACUUGUCUGAGUGACGUUUACAAAAAUAAAGAACACAGAUAUCAGUCAUUCCUCAGGUCUUCUGCCCUCAUGUCCUCUGCCCUCAUGUCCUCUGCCCUCAUGUCCUCUGCCCUCAUGUCCUCUGCCCUCAUGUCCUCUGCCCUCAUGUCUUCUGCCCUCAUGUCCUCUGCCCUCAUGUCCUCUGCCCUCAUGUCCUCUGCCCUCAUGUCCUCUGCCCUCAUGUCCUCUGCCCUCAUGUCUUCUGC